CCCGUGAUAUUGAACCAAAAUCGUUAUCGUUAAACUUGGCUUGCCGGGCCUUCCCGUAACUUUGUUAACCUACUCUCUCCAUCAACGACUCAACUGUAUCUCCGCAUUUCCCGAACUGCCAGAACCGCUCGCAACUAUCUUGGCCGAAUUAUACAUGUUCUUCACAUAUGAAUGGUCGUGUGAAUAAUCUAGGCAUCGUGGCCUGCGUUUAGUUAUGCUGAAGAAGGCUGGAAUUGCUCUGUCAUCAGCAUGCGCGAAAGGAAUUGGAGCUUCCACGGGAGCUUCGUCGUCAGCUACGUCACGACUUCGCCAACAAAACGGUUCAUUCACUAGAACUUCGACCACCCCGCCGAAAGUUACAGGACCCAGGGCAUACGCUGUAGUGGCAGAUGGGCACAGUAGAGAUGCGCACCAGCCAAGUAUCCCGUGGCCCGAAGUCAAGUCAGCCAACGCGGUUCCUACACCCUACGAGAUCUUUAACCAAAAGAAAGGAUCGCCGUAUUCAAAGCGUCGUUUCUACGAACUGGUGAAGAUUUACCACCCGGAUCGGCUCAGCCAGAGCAGCUCCUAUGACUACGAGAUAUCCGACGCAACGAAGCUCGAGCGAUAUCGGCUUAUUGUGGCCGCGAACAACUUACUCUCCGAUCCGGCCAAGAGAGCUGCAUAUGAUGCAUAUGGGACAGGAUGGCAAGGAGAAUCAGACAAGGCUACACAACAUGGUAGCUGGGCCCCACCAUAUUCUGGCAGAAGUGGAGAGGGUGGCCCUGGUGGACCAAGAUACAACGCGACCUGGGAAGACUGGGAGAAAUGGCACCACAGGAACGAAAAGCAAGACCCGAUAUACUUCUCUAACGGCGUGUUUGCUGUAUUAAUUCUUUUAUUCGGUACGAUCGGGUUCGUUGGGCAAAACAGGGUGGUGGAUAACUUCUCCUCAAGCUUGACACAUCAAAUCGAUGCCCUACAUAGGGAUAUGAGCCAAGAACUCAUGAGGCGACGGAGAGAGGCCUCUAUGAAUGCUAACAAAAAUGAGAGAGUACAUGAGUUUUUGAGAACUCGGGAGCAACUGGCCCAUGAGGCUGAGAACCCUCGUCAUGUACCCACCCAGAAACUACUACCUCCUCCUGAUGUGCGCAGUAGCAAAUGAUACUGAGAAGAAUCAUAUCAGGGUCAUAUCACUGGGAACUGGAGCAAAAAAUAGAGCACUGGCUUUACUGUGCUAGAUAUAAUUGGAGCCAUUGUCAGGGAAUGGACUUCACGGGAUUGAAGCAUGGAAGGCGCUUGUAAAUAUGACAAAUGGCGUAAGGGACUGCAGACGGACGAACAUAGACACGGCUGAGUUUGUAUGAGAAAAUACUGUACAUAUUCAAUAUUCAUAGCUGAACUUGGGCGUGGCGCUUUCAUGGCGGGCUGUAGCCAAGAAACUGUGCCUCAAAUACUCAUCAUCGAUGUGGAGAUCUCACACCCCCACUAUAGUAACCUCGUGU